AUGUGCCAAUUGAUUCUUCGCCAGCCCCUCGGGCUGCUGCGUGGUGCUUUCAAUGGCGCAUCUUGUCGAGCUUUGCCUGGAACAAUUCCAAGCAGUGCUAUUGGCUGUCGUCAUCGCAGCCCGCUGCUCGGUCGAAAGUCGGAGAGAGCUCUCCAUAGCUCCAACUCGCCAUUCCAUCACCGCGAACACAACCUUGCCUCCAGAUCCGGUCUUCGAAGUCUACACAGCACACCGAGGCGACCCAUCUCCAAUACCGAGGCGAACUUCAGCUCAGAUGGCGAAGGCGGGGAUGAGGCGCCCUCGGGCACCUACAGCGAGGCCGACCACGAGCACGCCGUCAUUUCUACGUUCGAUUUAUUCUCCAUCGGCAUUGGUCCCUCCUCGUCGCACACCGUCGGCCCAAUGCGUGCAGGCAACAUUUUUGUCGCUGAUCUGAUCGACGCAGAUGUGAUGCAGAAGGUGAACAAAAUCCGCAUUUCCAUUUACGGCAGUUUGGCGCUCACCGGCGAGGGACACAUGACGCCAAGUGCUCUCCUGCUUGGCCUUGAAGGCGCCGAUGUCGAGACCGUUGACACCUCCUACGUCCCGAAGCGAUUCGAAGAAAUCAAGAAAAAGAAGAAGCUGUUCCUCGGUCAUGGUCUGAGCGAGGGGGACGGGAAGGAGAUUGCUUUCGACUACGAGCGUGAUUUCAUCUGGGAGUGGUCACGCAAGCUUCCCAUGCACAGCAAUGGUAUGCGACUCACCGUAUUCGAUGAGGAAGGUUUCCCACUAGCAACAAAUGACCUCUUCAGUGUCGGUGGUGGCUUUGUUGUCAACGGCGCUUUGUCUACAGGACCAGCUCCGCAAGAGCCAGGAUCAGAAUCCCCGGGCGACGGUGACUCAACCACCACUGCAGUCGUUUCACCAGGGGAGGGUAGCAAUGUAGGCAAGCACCCGGCUGAUCUUGCUGAAAAUUUGUUCUACAAGGAGAUCAAGCGGUCUGAUGCGGCAGGCGAUCGUAGGAGUGGAUCCGAGAUAAAACCGCGGAUAGCCGAAUCGGAGAGCCUGGCCGAGUCUGGACUGCCUGAGCCUGGGAGUCUUGUCUCUACUUCGGGAUCGACCCCUGUGACACGAGAUGUUGAAGGCGAGAGAGCUGAGGAAUCGACUGGCCAGCAUCAGCCCCGGUAUCCCUUCCGUGAUGCUACUAGUUUGCUUGCCCUCUGCCAUGAGCACAACCUUACCAUCGCACAGUUGGUGUAUGAGAACGAGAGGAGCCUUGGCUACUCGGAGGAUGAGAUCUUUAGGAAAAUAUUCCGAAUUUGGGAGGUCAUGGACAACAGCAUCUUGGAGGGUGUCCAGGCUCCGAUAGACACGGCGUUGCCUGGCUCACUCAAGUUACAGAGACGUGCUCCGGCCCUGUACAAGCGAUUGACCAGAGGACUGUACCCAAAUCACACCUCAUCGAUUGGCGAUGGAUCCAAGGCUGAGGAUAACCAACGCCCUGCUCUGCCAGAAGGUAGCAGAACAAUGGACGAUCACCCUAAUGCACCCUCCACGUCGCUGCUGAGAACGGUAAACAAGUCUGUGGCCACCACACCGCGACGACAACGCCAGUUCCCUCGCGUCCAUGGAUCUCUACACCACCCUAUCUCUCCUUCGCCUAUUCGAAGGACAACACUGCCAGCUAUGGACCAUUUGUCCGUGUACGCUAUGGCCGUCAAUGAAACCAACGCGGCCGGUGGCCGUAUCGUUACCGCGCCGACGAAUGGCGCCGCGGGCAUCAUACCAGCUGUGCUCAAGUACACAGCCGAGUUCGUCAGUGACGACCCCGAGCGCGACAUUCCUACCUUCCUACUGACGGCUUCUGCCAUCGGCAUGCUCUACAAGCGAGGCGCAACUAUUUCCGCUGCCGAAGGUGGAUGCAUGGCUGAAGUCGGCGUGGCUUGCUCCAUGGCCGCGGGUGCGUUUGCUGCCUGCAUGGGCGCCGGCCCCGAGACCAUCGAGCAGGCUGCCGAGAUUGGCAUCGAGCACAACCUCGGCCUGACAUGCGACCCUAUCGGUGGUCUGGUUCAGGCGCCCUGCAUUGAGCGAAACGCGCUGGGUGCCAUCAAGGCCAUCUCAAGCGCAAACCUCGCUCUUAGCAGCAAGACCGGGACACAAAAGGUGCGGCUGGAUGACGCUAUCAGGGCUAUGCGACUGACGGCCAAGGGAAUGAGGAACGAGUUCAAGGAGACUAGCUUGAGCGGACUGGCGACCAGUGUGCCCCUGCAUAUUCCUGUCAGUGUUCCCGACUGUUAG